AUUUUCUUGUUUAUGUUCCUCGCGAGCAGAAACCUUGCACAACGUCGUCGAGAUAUCUAGCUGUUGUCGAAGAGACGAUAGACAUUUUCUGUCAAAUGAGGCUGUGUGACUGGUAAGAUGUUCGCGGUGAGCAUGUAAAAGGGUAAAUACGACGGGAGAGAGCGAAAAAAAGCACUGCAGUAUUUUCCGUUUUUCCUCCGUGGCUUCGGCCCGCAUCUCCGAAGUCGUCUGGCUGUUUAGAAACGUACGUUUUCAGCCAAAUUCGCUUUCUGAACCCGAGGAAAAUGUGACAAACGUUUUGGAAAACGCUAAUAGCCUAUGUUGUUCUGGAAAUCGUUGUACUGCUAAGCUAUGGAUUUCGUGACAGAACAUUGAUGAAAUCAAGAACUGGCUGCCGUGGAGGGUACAUAACAGGAGAAGAAGUUGCUGCAGGAUGAAAACAUGGCUGCACCCCUUCUUGCACCGCCAGGACCUAACAGCUACAAAUACUUUACCAGGGAAUCACUCCGUGAAAUCGAGAAGCGUAUCGAGGAGGAGAAAGCCAAGCCGCCACCUAAGCCAGACAACAGCUAUCGCGAUGAUGACGACGAGAACAAGCCCAAACCUAACGGUGACCUGGAGGCGGGCAAGAGUCUGCCCUUCAUCUACGGGGACAUCCCUCCUGGCAUGGUGGCAACACCACUGGAGGAUUUCGAUCCCUUCUACAUAAAUCAGAAAACAUUUGUAGUCCUAAAUAAAGGGAAAACAAUCUUCCGCUUUAGUGCCACACCUGCCUUGUACAUGAUAAGCCCUUUUAAUCUUGCUAGACGAAUAGCGAUUAAAAUUUUGAUACAUUCAGUAUUCAGCAUGUUCAUUAUGUGUACGAUUUUGACCAACUGUGUGUUCAUGACUUUUAGUAAUCCUCCCGAGUGGUCCAAACAAGUAGAGUAUACUUUCACUGGAAUUUAUACGUUUGAAUCAGCAGUAAAAAUCAUUGCCCGUGGAUUCUGUAUAGAUGGCUUCACAUUCCUUAGAGAUCCAUGGAACUGGCUGGAUUUCAUGGUCAUCUCAAUGGCGUAUAUAACAGAGUUUGUAAACCUAGGCAAUGUCUCAGCUCUGCGCACGUUCAGAGUUCUGAGGGCAUUGAAAACUAUUUCUGUAAUCCCAGGUCUGAAGACCAUUGUUGGCGCUUUGAUCCAGUCUGUGAAGAAGCUGUCAGAUGUGAUGAUCCUCACCGUGUUCUGCCUCAGUGUCUUUGCCCUCAUUGGUCUGCAGCUCUUCAUGGGGAAUCUGCGGCAGAAGUGUGUCAUCUGGCCCAUCAACAUCACAGAAAUGUUCCCAGAUGUCAAUGGCAGCCGUGCAUUCAACUGGGACGAGUACAUCUUGAAUGAAACCAAUUUCUACUUCCUGCCAGACCAGUUGGAUGCACUUUUGUGUGGAAACAGCUCUGAUUCAGGUCGCUGUCCUGAAGGUUACACAUGCAUGAAGGCUGGCCGUAAUCCAAACUAUGGCUACACCAGCUUUGACAGUUUUGGCUGGGCUUUCCUGGCUCUCUUCCGCCUCAUGACGCAGGACUUCUGGGAGAACUUGUACCAGCUGACACUGAGAGCAGCAGGGAAGACCUACAUGAUUUUCUUUGUGCUGGUCAUCUUUGUGGGCUCCUUCUAUCUUGUGAAUCUGAUUCUGGCUGUGGUGGCCAUGGCAUAUGAGGAGCAGAACCAGGCCACCAUGGAGGAGGCGGAGCGAAAGGAGGCGGAGUUUAAAGCCAUGCUGGAACAGCUGAAGAAACAGCAGGAGGACGCACAGGCAAAUGCAAUGGCGACGUCAGCGGGAACAGUGUCUGAGGACGUGGUGGAGGAUGAUGGAGAUGGAGAAGGGAAUUUGUCCUGCAGCUCGUCUGAGAUGUCUAAACUGAGCUCCAAGAGUGCCAAAGAGAGACGCAACCGCAAGAAGAAGUGGCGGCAGAAAGAGCAGGACAAAGAGAAAGGGGACAGCGAGAAGUUUGUCAAAUCCGAAUCAGACGAUGGAAGCAGAAGGAGAUUUCGUUUCCCUGAUAACCGUUUGGGCCGAAGGAGUUCCAUAAUGAACCAGUCUUUGCUCAGCAUCCCAGGCUCUCCAUUCCCUUCGAGGCGCAACAGUAAGAGCAGCAUCUUCAGCCGCUGUAAAGACGGAGGCUCUGAGAACGAGUUUGCAGAUGAUGAGCACAGCACGGUUGAGGAGUACGACGAGCGGCGCGACUCCUUCCUAAGCCCUCAGCGUCGCAGCAGCUACACAGGCUUCUACGGCAAGCGCAACAGCACAGUGGAUUGCAAUGGAGUGGUGUCUCUCAUUGGGCCGGGGCCUGGCGGACGCCUUCUGCCUGAGGUGAUAAUAGAUAAGGCAGCCACUGAUGACAGCCCGACCACUGAUCUUGAAAUUAAGAAGAAACUCUCAGGCUCUCUCAUGGUUUCCGUAGAGCAGCUUAACACAUCAUUCGGGCGCAAGGAGCGAGCAAACAGCGUGAUGAGUGCGUUAACCAACACAUUGGUUGAAGAACUGGAAGAGUCUCAGAGGAAAUGUCCACCCUGCUGGUACAAAUUCGCCAACACGUUUCUUAUCUGGGAGUGUGGCCCUCUAUGGAUGUCGAUAAAGGAGAUUGUGAACCUGAUUGUAAUGGACCCUUUUGUGGACCUGGCUAUCACCAUUUGCAUUGUGCUGAAUACUCUCUUCAUGGCCAUGGAGCAUUACCCGAUGACGCCGCAAUUUGAGCAUGUGCUGUCUGUCGGAAACCUGGUGUUUACUGGAAUCUUCACUGCCGAAAUGUUUGCCAAACUGGUUGCAAUGGACCCAUACUACUACUUCCAGGAGGGCUGGAAUAUAUUUGAUGGCUUUAUUGUGAGCUUGAGUUUGAUGGAGUUGGGCUUGGCCAAUGUGGAAGGUCUUUCUGUGCUGCGAUCAUUCCGAUUGCUGAGAGUGUUCAAGUUGGCUAAGUCAUGGCCCACUCUCAACAUGCUGAUAAAGAUCAUCGGUAAUUCAGUCGGAGCUUUGGGGAACCUGACCCUGGUGUUGGCCAUCAUUGUCUUUAUCUUUGCUGUUGUCGGCAUGCAGUUGUUUGGGAAGAGCUACAAGGACUGUGUGUGCAAGAUCGCUCAGGAUUGUGAGCUGCCCCGUUGGCACAUGAACGACUUCUUUCACUCUUUCCUUAUUGUCUUCCGAGUGUUAUGCGGAGAGUGGAUCGAAACCAUGUGGGACUGUAUGGAGGUGGCUGGACAGGCCAUGUGUCUCAUCGUAUUCAUGAUGGUCAUGGUUAUCGGGAACUUGGUGGUGUUGAAUCUCUUCCUUGCCUUGCUGCUGAGCUCAUUCAGCGCAGACAACUUGGCUGCUUCCGAUGACGAUGGUGAGAUGAACAACCUGCAGAUCGCAGUUAUUCGCAUUAAGAAGGGAAUCGCCUGGGUGAAGGCUAAAGUUCGAGAACUGGUCAACAUCAUCCUCGGGAGGAAGGUCACAGACGAAGCCAAGCCGCUUGAUGACAUGUACGACCGUAAACUGAACUGCAUUGCCAAUCACACAGGUGUGGACAUCAGCCGUGACCUGGACUAUCAGAAAAAUGGCAACGGAACUACCAGUGGCAUUGGCAGCAGUGUAGGAAAAUACAUGAUUGACGAUGACCACAUGUCCUUCAUCCACAACCCCAACCUGACAGUAUGUGUGCCCAUCGCUGUGGGCGAGUCGGACUUUGAGAAUCUUAACACUGAAGAUUUCAGCAGCGAGUCUGAGGCAGAGGGCAGCAAAGAAUUGGAUGACAUCAGCUCUUCAGAGGGCAGCACCAUAGAUAUUAAACCAGAGGUAGAGGAAGCAGUGGUGGUGGAGACGGUAGAGGAAUAUGUCGAUCCAGAAGCUUGCUGGACUGAAGCUUGUAUUGCCCGCUACAAGUGUUGCGAUGUGCCCAUCACGGAAGGCUGGGGCAAGAAUUGGUGGUUUCUCCGAAAGACCUGCUAUCUGAUUGUGGAGCACAACUGGUUUGAAACCCUCAUCAUCUUCAUGAUCCUCCUCAGUAGUGGAGCACUGGCCUUUGAGGAUGUGUAUAUUGAACAGAGGAAGACUAUUCGAAUCAUUCUGGAGUAUGCUGACAUGGUCUUUACAUACAUCUUCAUAUUGGAGAUGUUGUUAAAGUGGGUGGCCUAUGGUUUUGUCAAGUACUUCACCAAUGCUUGGUGCUGGCUGGACUUCUUCAUUGUCGACGUGUCUAUAGUCAGCCUUAUAGCUAAUGCGCUGGGCUACUCCGAUCUAGGGCCCAUUAAAUCACUCAGGACACUAAGGGCCCUGAGACCCCUCAGAGCAUUGUCACGUUUUGAAGGGAUGAGGGUGGUAGUCAACGCCUUGGUGGGUGCCAUCCCCUCCAUUAUGAAUGUGUUGCUGGUUUGCCUCAUCUUUUGGCUGAUUUUCAGUAUCAUGGGUGUCAAUAUGUUUGCGGGAAAGUACUACUACUGCUACAACGAGACUGAAAAGGCAUACUUUGAGCUAGAUGUGGUCAACAACAAAUCUGAGUGCUUUGCGUUAAUUGAGCAAAACUACACUGAGGUGCGUUGGAAGAACGUCAAAAUCAACUUUGACAACGUGGGUGCUGGUUACCUGGCUCUUCUGCAAGUGGCAACCUUUAAAGGAUGGAUGGACAUCAUGUAUGCAGCAGUUGACUCACGAAGGGUGGAAGACCAGCCGAAGUAUGAAGACAAUAUCUACAUGUAUAUCUAUUUUGUCAUCUUCAUUAUAUUUGGCUCUUUCUUCACCCUCAAUCUCUUCAUUGGUGUGAUUAUUGAUAACUUCAACCAGCAGAAGAAAAAGUUUGGAGGUCAGGAUAUCUUCAUGACUGAGGAACAGAAAAAGUACUACAAUGCAAUGAAAAAGCUUGGCUCAAAGAAACCUCAGAAGCCCAUACCCAGACCCCAGAACAAGCUCCAGGGUAUGGUGUUUGACUUUGUGACACAGCAGGUCUUUGAUAUUUCCAUCAUGAUCCUCAUCUGUUUGAACAUGGUCACCAUGAUGGUUGAGACAGAUGAUCAAUCACAGGAGACGGAAAACAUUCUGUACUGGAUCAACUUCAUCUUUAUUGUGGCCUUCACUUCAGAGUUUGUCCUGAAGCUCUUUGCGCUGCGUCAUUAUUACUUCACCAAUGGCUGGAACAUCUUUGACUGUGUUGUGGUCAUUCUCUCUAUCGUUGGUAUGUUCCUGGCUGAUCUGAUUGAGAAGUACUUUGUGUCACCAACAUUGUUCAGGGUAAUCCGUCUGGCUCGAAUUGGACGUAUUUUGCGUCUGAUCAAAGGAGCAAAGGGCAUUCGGACUUUACUGUUUGCCUUGAUGAUGUCACUGCCGGCCCUGUUCAAUAUUGGCCUUUUGCUGUUCUUGGUUAUGUUCAUUUUCUCUAUUUUUGGCAUGUCAAACUUUGCCUACGUGAAGCGGGAGUCUGGCAUAGAUGACAUGUAUAACUUUGAAACAUUUGGCAAUAGCAUGAUCUGCCUGUUCAUGAUAACCACCUCAGCCGGAUGGGACGGCCUUCUCGCUCCCAUUCUCAACUACCCGCCAGAUUGUGAGCCAACUAAAGAAAAUCCAGGUACUAGUGUUAAAGGUAACUGUGGAAACCCUUCGGUGGGCAUCUUCUUCUUUGUCAUGUAUAUUAUUGUCUCGUUCCUCAUCGUGGUGAACAUGUACAUCGCCAUUAUUCUGGAGAACUUCAGCGUCGCGACAGAGGAGAGUGCUGACCCUCUUUGCGAGGACGACUUUGAGUCCUUCUAUGAGAUCUGGGAAAAGUUUGAUCCUACUGCCUCCCAGUUUAUCACUUUUGCCAAGCUGGGUGAUUUCGCCGACACUUUGGAGCACCCACUACGUGUUCCUAAGCCCAACACUAUAGAGCUGAUCGCCAUGGACCUGCCAAUGGUGAGCGGCGACCGCAUUCACUGCCUAGACAUCCUGUUUGCAUUCACCAAACGCGUGCUGGGUGAUAGCGGCGACCUGGACAUGAUGCGGCAACAGAUGGAGGAGCGUUUUAUUGCUGCCAAUCCUUCCAAAGUGUCUUUUGAGCCCAUCACUACCACCCUGCGCCGCAAACAGGAGCAUAUGUCUGCUGGAGUCAUCCAGCGUGCUUUCCGUGCCCAUCUGAUUCGGAAAGGCUUCAUCUGCAAGCGUUUACUCAGCAGCAGCAGGCUGGAGAAUGGUGGUACUAAUCAGGACAAGAAAGAGGGCACACCUUCCACUGCCUCACUGCCAUCCUACGACAGUGUGACCAAACCUGAGAAGGAGAAGUUGGAGGAGAGUGACAGUAAGGGCAAAAAGGGCAAAAACCAAAAAGAUGUCAAGGAAUCCAAGUUUUAGGAACGAUGGACACUGUCUAGUUGAGACUUAAACUAUCUAUUCCAACAAAAUGUAUAGAAGAAAAUUUGCAACAAAAAACACUGAUAUCUUUGAGCAAAACAGUUGUUUACAUACAACAAAUGCACCGGUGCAACAGGAAAGCAGCUUGGUUUUUACAAGAUUCAAUGAUGACCAAACCAACUUAUGAGCUUACUGUCUUACAUUUUGUGCUAAGUGACCAAGAUUUUACUGUUCCAACUGCGGCCAAAAGGCACUUACAAGGACAAACUAAAUAACAAUCCAUGGCAGAAAUCUUUGAUAGGGACCACCUGCCAAUGGACAAACUAGUACAAAGCAAGCUCAUAAGAUGGCUUCCUUUGCACUCACAUGUGUGUGGAGUUCAGCAUUCCUCCGCUACGGACAUCCCGUUCAAACACUACACUGCCGAAAUCCGACGGAAACCUCCCACUCAUCCCAGGAGGAUUCUGGGACUUUGUAUUUUAACCAUAGGAGAACCAAUAAUAAUGAUGUUAACUCAAUCAUGUGGAGUGUCUGCCGAAAAAAACAAACAAAAAAAACAGAACAUUAUGCAAGGGUUUUCAGUUGUUGUGAUGAAUAUUUCACCUUAUUUGAUCCACAGAAAGUAGGGGAAAACGUUCAGCCCAUUCAUCUCGUCAUCAUCUCUUUGUUAUACUAAAAAAAAAAGACAUUUUAUACAUGGGCUUUCACAUCGAUAUUGGGUUAGGGAAUCUAUCAGGGUUUUGACUUGGGCUGAUUAGGACUUACUCAGACCGAGUUCCUGGUAAAUAAAUAACUAAUUGUGCUCGUUCAAUGCAUAGAAAUGACUUGCAUGGUGGCAUGUUUUGAUCAGGAAUCAUGCAUGUAUAAUCAUAGUCCACUUGACACUGCUACUCAAACCACAUCAGUGGCUUGACCAUACAUUCGAUGAUGUCCACUAGUAAUCAAAUUGAAUAGAUAUAGCUGGGAAAUGAUUGGUCAAUAGCAACAUAUUUAACUUCUGGCUAUGACAAGUAUAUUUAUACUUACCCCACAUGAAGCUUGCUUCCUGAUUAACCAGUUUUUACACCAUGCGUCAUGUGUGUACUUUUAAGGUGGUCGAUCAAAGUUAUUCCUUUGUUUGGAUAUACAGUGUGGCAACUGCACAUUCCUACACCCUUACGGGUGUUUCACUGCCCUGGACUUGAGGAGAAGUUGGGAUGAAAAUUUGGAGAACUCAAUUUCAUUCGAAUCAAAUCUUGGGUUCAUAAACCUUGAUUUGCUUUUUUGCACCAGCAAUAUUAUUCAACUGCCCCUCGAUGUGCAGCUGAGGCUCCAGUUGGGCCUUCACUAGGACUUCAAAAGGUACAGCCAAGCCACCAUGCCAUUUAAACCCUUACAAUGCUUGGUCAGGCCUCAGCGGGAGGCGAUCUCUUCAAUUGUCUUCAUGUCAGCACAUUUUCAUGUUUACCAUUUUAAAGGGGUCGUCAGUUGCGUUAGCAUCGUGUUGUGUCUUAAAAAUGACGAGGAAAGCACCCGAGUAGCCAUUUUGAAUGCAUCUUGUAGACAUGAUUAGCUUUCUCCCUGUUGAGUGACGGAUGAGUAUAGCUUGGGUUUUACAUGUCAUACACAGCAGGAUACAAGGAGAGUGGACAUUGAAGAAUGAAGUAUUGGGUACUUGUGUUGUCUGAUAGCAUGCAGUUUGUGUUAGCCAUUGAUGAUGAUGCUACAAAUUGGUUUUUUCAUGUGUCAAGUUGCUACCUCUUGAGCAAACUGCCAUCCCUUUCUGCUCUGGGUGCAAUGGAAAUGUAUUCGAUUUGCAACAGAAGUCGUUUGUUUAUCGUUUCAUCACCCCUUGUUCAGUGAGAAUGCUUAUUCUGGUGUGGGCUAGCCCAGUGUCAGGGUCAGUAGAUGUACGCCGCCAGAGCUGGAGUGCGGGAGAAUCGCGCCAGUUUACAAACCCACUUCCUCUACUUCUCAGACCUGUAGGUCUGCUUACUGCCUGAGAUCUCGAAAUCCGUGGGGGUGCUGUGGACUUAAACCAAAUGAAGCCUGGUGAAACACUUAGACUACCAUGUAGUUUUCCUCCUACUCCCAUUUUAGUUCAGAUGUGAAAUGAUAAACCACUCUCACUCACUGUAUGACAAGUUAAUGUAUCAUUCAAUGUACAGGAGGGGGCUAUGAUGUACAUGGCACAAUUGCUGAAAAAGAAUGAACUUUUCGAGGAAAACUAUAAGCAUUGUAAUAUAUUAUUUUCUUUUAAAUGGCAUGCUUUGUUGUGGGUUUUGUAAAUACAGAAUUUUAAAGAACUACUGCUAUUAAUCUAAUAAUAAAUUAUAACGAUGAUAUAGAAUGGCUUCCAGCUGAUGCCCUUGUCACAUAUUUUAUUUUAUUUUUUCCUUUUUUUUUUUUACUCGUUUCACUUUUAUUAAAGGGAAAUGAAUGAUAAAAUGUAUCAAAAAUAUUCUAUUUGACAAAGAAUAUAUGUAUAAUAUAUGUAUAAUAUAUAUUAUAUAUAUAUAUAUAUAUAUAUGAAAUAUAUGUAUGAAAGGAUAUACAAAAGGAGCACUGUAAUAUUUCAUUUAUAUGCAACAUGUCCAGUGGAUGUCGAAAAAAGAUGAUGUUGGAGACAAAAUCACGCACGUUUGUUAUCAGCGCUGCUUGGAUAUUCUAACCUGAUGCUGUAUGACAAGAGGGUUAUGCAACCAGCACACCUCUGUAACCUUGAGGUUUUAUUGACACGCGUACAAACACACAGACACACACACAUUUACACGUGAAUGCACAUAUAUGCGCCGUCCUGCCUAUGGACAUUGUGUGGUCACCCACCCGAGCCUAAAAGUCCAAAACAGUCACAGAGCAGUUGAAAUAUUUUAUUCUUAAGGCCUCCCCGAACACUUCAGUGCCGCUGGUACUUACAGUAUGGGCCUGAACAACAGUUUUGUAUGCAUUUCGUAUCCGGUUUUUAUGUGUUCAGUGAUCUGUUUCUAGUGUUACUUCACUAAUUGUCGUGUGCCUUUUUCUGAAAUUUCUCCAUGUUCCUACAUUUUCUGAAUUGCAUUUCACUGCAGUUUUGGAGGAUGGUGCCAUAUUUAACAUGUAGUUGAUAGUGGGGGAAAGACAGGAGAACACAAAAUGGAGCACAGUGCAAAUCAGGGACUAUAGUCUGAAAAAGGCGUCUGGUGUGCUGCCAGAGGAACACUGAAACCAACCAAGAAAACAAGCCCACUUCUUCCAGAUUUGAUGUUACGAAAUCUUCUGAUGUUCUGUUUUCUGUAUUUUGUGUAUCAUCCACUUGGCUUGUAAAAAAGAGAAAACACAAACAAAACAAGUAUAGCUUGCCUUCAGACUUUUGUGUUGGUUUUUUUUGGGUUUGGUUUUUUCAUCUUUGAAACUCACUUUUGUAUCAGUAUUCAGUUACUGGACUUCCAUCUUUAGCAUGACUAAAAUGCUUUCCAUUUUUGCUGAAAAGAUUUCAAAAGUGCUUUUCAAACUGUUGUUUUGUUUGACACAGUGUUGUAGGAGGACAUAUAAUGGUGUGUAUGGCACAACCACUGGAACUCUUAGUAAGAACAUAUAAAAGAUUGUCUUCAUUUGAGCACGAAACUUUUUAUUAACAAUAAAGCAGCUUUCCAGUUGC